UAUAAACAGGAAGUGACGACACCGUCACUACUUCAGUCUGCUAUCGGAUAAAUGUGUGGGCAUUGACUGUAAAAACAACCUCCUGUGUUGGUGUCGUACUGAGCUGACUCCAGUAAAAACGCACAAGCUUGCUCUGGUAAAUUAACCAAUUAUUCACUAAUAAAUUACCGACUGGGUUGUCUGCACGGAAAGGAAGAAAUCACGAUGCGACAUGAGCUGAGGAAGAAUACGAUGCAAGAAGAGUCAGCUGUCUGACAUGUUCGACCUUUGAGCGAUCCUGCAAAACUGCAUGAGAAAGCAGGAUUCUUCAGUGAUCAAUACAUCCAUGCGUCCUUGUGAUGCCACUGAAAGAACCGAGGCAGGCUGCUGUGAAAAAGGAAGGAGCUUUCUUGCUGAAUUCUAGUCAUCUCUCGUAAAUAUGAAUCCCAGCAUGCUUUGCGAUGACCUGCCAGCUGCUGAUGAUCCCAUGGAUGACUGGCUCUUCCUGUCGCAUAAGUCUGUGGAGUUUCUGAGCGAUACAACAUCUCUGCAGGAGACGGGGGACAAAGGGAAACUUAAAUCCAAGCUGGUUUCUGUCUGGAACAGUGUCAAAUAUGGCUGGUCCUUAAAGCAGAAAACAAAAUUCAGCAAGAGCUCUCCCCUGAUCUUACUUGGAAAGUCGUAUGAGCUCAAGGAUGAAGCAAACAAAGAGCGUUUCCGUCGCUCCUUUGCAUCCCUCCUGUGGCUGACGUACAGGCGGGGCUUCCCUCAGCUGGCUGGCUCAUCCCUGACCACGGACAGCGGGUGGGGCUGUGUUCUACGGACGGGUCAAAUGCUGCUGGCUCGAGGUCUCCUCACACACCUGAUGCCCCCAGGCUGGAUGUGGUCGGUGUGGUACCGGGCUGUGAAGGAUGACCUGGACCUGCCUCACCAUGCAGACUGCACCGACUGCAAAUCAAACAUGAGGUGUCGAUAUCAGAGCCUGGGGUCCUUGUAUGACAGACCUCUAGAGGCCAUGCACAGAAAGGUGGUUUCCUGGUUUGCAGACCAUCCUAAAGCCCCCUUUGGGAUACACAGGCUUGUGGAGUUGGGUGCAAGUUCAGGAAAGAAGGCCGGGGACUGGUACGGCCCGUCCAUCGUGGCACACAUCCUACAGAAAGCUGUGGCGGCUUCAGUCGACCUUCCCAAUUUGGUGGUCUAUGUUGCUCAGGACUGCACCAUCUACCUGCAGGACGUACGGGGGUUAUGUGAGCGGCCUCCCCCUCACUCCUGGAAGUCUGUCAUCAUCCUGGUUCCCGUGCGGCUCGGAGGACAGGACCUCAAUCCCUCCUACAUCUCCUGCGUCAAAAAACUCCUGGAGUUGCAGUGCUGUAUUGGGAUCAUUGGCGGUAGACCAAAGCACUCCCUGUUCUUUGUUGGCUUCCAGGAUGACCAGCUGCUGUACUUGGACCCUCAUUACUGUCAGCUCACUGUGAAUGUGACAAAGGAGAACUUUCCUUUGGAGUCGUUUCAUUGUAAAUAUCCCAGGAAAAUGCCGUUCUCCCGCAUGGAUCCCAGCUGCACCAUCGGGUUUUAUGCAAGCGGACAACAGGAACUUGAACUAUUGUGCACAAAUGUUAAUGAGGUGGUCUCCACAUCAGCAGAGGGAUACCCCAUGUUUAUAUUUUCAGAGGGGGAAAGUUGGAAGGACGAGGAGCACAGCAGCUCCCCCGUGCACAGGGUCACCUAUAUCCAGAGGAGCAGCGAUUUGAAGAGAGUCAGCACCAGCAGCAGCAUGGACGAGUUUGUUCUGCUGUGACAGAAAAGCUGCACAUCAGCCCUUUAAUGUGAAGUUUGCACUAAUGAGAACUGAGACAGCCAUCUUCACCACGGAAUCUGCUGAACUGAUCAGGCAUUUCGUCUGAAUGUUGUAUUUUAAGACUGCUUUUUGUACAUUUGAAAAUGUAUUUUAAAUUUAAAAAUUCAUUCAAUUGAAAGAAAUUUGUAUUUUUUAUCUUUAGGAGUUAUUAAACCUGUUUGUGUGAAGAAAACAAACUGCAAAACAAAAGAUUCCUUUGGAUCGGUUCAACAAAGUCGAGGCUUUUGUUGCUGUGAGAUUUGUGUUUCACGUCACUUUGCUGCACUUUGGGUUCGAUCAUUGGAUUCUUAGGAACACCUGACUUCCACAUUUCUGAUAAACAUGCUGACAUUCUGGAUUGUUUUUAUUUAAAUAAAGAGUUUAUGAAUUUAAGAAA